GUCUGUAAAUUGCAAGAGUGCAGUCAUCUUACAAACACAAGGAGACUACACAUGGGCCCGGAUCACUAUGCAUGAAGUGUUUGUUUUCAUAAGUAGCAAUAAAGACACAUAGAGGGGCGCAAGUCAGAGUAACUAAUAAGCGUCUUAUCAACACAGCAGUGAGUUUAUGUGCACACAACUAUGUAAGCAUGUCCCUACAAAACCAAAAAUAGAGCCCUGGGUGGAUGCAAAAUUGGUAUCCACAUCCGCAUCUGCAAAAAUGAUCCACAGAUACCUUCAUCCACAUCCGUAAGUGCGGAUACUCGCAAACGUGCAGGGCUCCAUCCACAAACGUGGCUGUUUACAUAAAUCUCUGCACACAAUCAUCUGACAGCGAGUUUACUCUCACUGCUCCUCCUGAUGGCACACUGCUACAGUGCCUCGAUCAUGGCUGGACUCAUUAACCAGGACAAACCAGAGAGCCUUCGAAUUACAGUCCUCCUCCUCAAAAGCUCCCUAUAAGUGUGAGGCAAACAAGGGAGUCUGCAGCUCUGUGUUGCAGACCCUUAAUAUUUUUCAGCCUGCAAUAGAGACUCAAGUCCUGACCGGAUAUGCAGCUGCCAUUGCUGGGAGUGAAGUCUGUGACAAAAGGCAUAAAACAAACAGCUGUAAAGGUCAGUGCUCCUGUUUAAACAGAUGAGGAGGAGCUGUGUCUCAUAGGGUGGUCUUUAGUUCCUCCAGCGGCUGGCUCCCAGCUAUAGUGUGGUUUGCUGGUGCAGCGGUUUCAACUGAACACAGAGCAGGCCAAUAGGGAAUAAUGGAGGUGCACUCUCCCACCACUGUCCUAGCUCACAACAGCCUCCUGCGCUCCCCCUCGCCCCAGUCACACAUACAUCCCUGGUUAAGAGUCACGGAUAUUCCCCCAGACACCAUCAGCUCCAGUGAAGAACAGGAAAGGUGGUGCCCUGGCUAAUGCAACCGACUGAGUAGGAGUCAGAAGACCUGGGUUCUAUUCCAGGCUCUCUCUCAGAUAUCCCAGGGGACUUUGGGCAAGGCGCUCCACCUCAGCUUUCCCCUCUGUCAAGUGGGGCUGAGAACACUUCCCCAUGGUGCCAGGGUGUUGCGAGGCCUCACACAUUUAUGAUCCUCAGCGGGAAAGCACCCGCACAUGCUGAAAAUAGGAUUAUUAUUUUCUCCCUUUUUAAGUCCUCUCUUCUAUAACAGUCUGGGGCCACUGUCCUCCCAGACGGAGCCACAGGCCCCACCAAAAGCAGACAGCGCCCCAUUAUAAGAGCGCAUGCAGCUGUGCUCAUCCCUAGAUAAAGGCAUCAAUUUUAUUCAGCACUGUCAAAGGGGGACUAAUUAUACAGGGCAGGACACUGGGACCCUGCAGCAAGUGUCCUGAAAAAGACCACUCUCAUUCAGCUGAAUAAGGGGCCUUCAGCCCUUUGCACUGAUAAACCAUUAUCAACCCCUCCCCAUACACAAACCCGCUCUGCUGUCCCAUAGACCCUCCUCUAUUGCAAGCCAAGUGAAGUCUUGGAAUCACUGAGCUGUUGCCAUAGCAGCCGCCCCUCUCACCCCCAACUCCCACCAUUAUUGGAAUUAUCCCAUUCUCAAGUGUCCUCUUGUGUCUAUUAAUACCAGACUCCCCCCCGCCCCCCGACAACAGCCCUUUCCACCCCUCUAAAGUAAUCACAGAACUCCAAAGAGUCACUGUGAGAGACUGGAGGGUUCUGAGAGGCUUUAAUAAGCAGGACAAACACACUGAAAUAUUCAUAAAUAUAACAGCAGCCGCAGCUCCCUCCUUCCAAGGCUUCAGCUGGAAUGAAAACUUCCUUUCAUUGCAAGUGUGCCAUCUCCUCUCCUCUGUUGUGAGAGCUGAUAAUGCACUAUCAGAGCGAGCAGGACUCUAUAUAGAGGGGCUCUCUCUUCCACCCUCACUAAGUCCGAAACGGUCUGCUCCUUCUCAAUCAUCAAACCGCUUUCAGCUUUGACGCUUCCCCUUGAUUCGCUGCUGGCAUCAGGAGGGGCGCCCAGAGAUUUACUCUAGAAGGAUUUUACCCUGCACCAGCAGGACUGCGCUGACAAGAGGUUCCUGGUUGGUGCCCCAGAGCUGUAGUGAGGAAUGAAUGACCCAGCAGAUCCCUCAAGGCUAUUCCUCAACUCCUCCCUGGAAACUGCAGAACAAUGUGGCAAAGAGACCCAUACAGAGAACAUCCUUUUUGCCACUUUUUAUCUCCUGGACUUCAUCCUGGCUUUUGUUGGCAAUACUCUGGCUCUUUGGCUCUUCAUCCGGGACCAGAAGUCAGGUACUCCCGCCAAUAUUUUCCUGAUGCAUCUUGCUGUGGCUGACCUGUUUUUUGUGCUGGUUCUACCUACCCGGCUGGUAUAUCACUUUUCUGGCAACCACUGGCCAUUUGGAGAGAUCCCAUGCAGACUCAUUGGCUUCCUUUUUUAUCUCAACAUGUAUGCCAGUAUCUACUUCCUCAUGUGCAUCAGUGUCGAUCGCUUCCUAGCCAUUGUGCACCCUGUGAAAUCCAUCAAAGUCCGCAGGUCACUCUACGCCCACUUGGCAUGUGCCUUUCUUUGGGUUAUAGUUGCUGUUGCAAUGGCACCUCUGUUGGUCAAUGUGCAGACAGCCGAGAUGAACAACACGACUGUCUGCCUACAGCUCUACAGAGAGAAGGCCUCACGCCAUGCUCUUGUGUCCCUGGCAGUAGCAUUCACCUUUCCAUUUGUUACUACAGUGACCUGCUACUUACUGAUUAUCCGCAGCCUAAGGAGUGGGAACAGAGUUGAGAAGCACCUGAAGGAAAAAGCUAUUAAGAUGAUCAUCGUUGUUCUAAUGAUCUUUUUGGUCUGCUUUGUACCUUACCACAUCAAUCGUUAUAUUUACAUUCUCCAUUAUGAUGGCACCAAGACUUCCUGUGAAACCCAGCGGAUCCUGGCACUCAGUAACCGCAUCACUUCCUGCCUCACCAGCCUGAAUGGUGCCCUUGACCCAGUGAUGUACUUCUUUGUGGCCGAGAAGUUCCGCGAGGCCUUGUGCAGCUUGUUUUGUGGCAAGAGGGCUGUAAUGUUGCCUCCAAGUUACGAGGGGAAGACAAACGAGAGCUCAUUAAGUGCUAAAUCUGAAUUAUGAGCACAAGAUCGUAUUUGCUGUCACUUCCAGGCACAACACAGCCCAGAGACUCUCUAGAGAGUAAAGGCAAGUGACUCCAAGGACAAAGAUGUUACUCCCAGAUUCUUGCAAGACAAAGGAGGAGAGUUCAGUCAUUUCUAUGCAGCUGUGACCAGCAUGGGCCCAUCUCCACCAGAAGACUGACUGUAAUUUCAAUAAGUCACAAAAAGUUCUGAACAUGAUUGCAAAAGCAGUAGUAUCUCUUGCCCAGUCCUGAAGCUGAGGUCUGAAUAUAUAGGGAUGGAGGAAGGAAACAAGAAUAAAAUCAACCCAUUAUUUCUCCAAACAACAGUUUUCUACUCAGGGCUCUUUCGAGCAAAUAUUCCCACUGAGCAACAGAACAACUGGAAUUCAAGGACUAAGGGUGAUCUGUCUCGUUGAACACACAUGCCCUCCUCUGAAAUCCGGUGAUGAGCCAGCCAGAGAGCUGCAGUCCUGAGAUAUCAGAGAAGUAUAGGGAGAGUGUCUAGAUCUAGUGAGAAUGUUUGCAGAGAGCUGGGGAUAUAAGGUAUGCCUCUUGAACAGGAGAAAGGGGAAACCUGUGGCUAGAAUAAAGAGGAGACAUUCUGAUUCCCGCGGGAGCUCAAAUUAUUGUCACCACAGAUCCCUUGUCUAUUCCCAGGAUUUGGGCAUGAGCUGUAAACAUCAAGCUAGUAUUUCAACCUUGGGUUUGUGGGUCAGGGCCUCACGAGCUGUCUGCAGUUACAGACAGAAUUUUCUGAACUAACCCUGUGGUGCAUCAUCCUGUUUGAAUGAUCAAUCACCUCAAUAAUCUCAGACUAAAAUACAAAGGAAUGGAAAAGUGUCUCUUGAAAAUGAGUGAGGGGAAUAUUUUCCAUUGUUUUGCAAACACUGAACCCUGAAACUCUGAAUCUGUUAAAAAAUUAGCCAAGAAGAAGAAAAGUAGAUAUGCUGUGUGCAAUCUAAUCUGCCAGGGAAAAAACGUAAAGAUCUUUUGGGUGUUUUAUAAUUAUUUACAUUUUGCCUCGUGCUUUUGUUUGGUCUGAAAAACAUUUCAUUUGCUAUAUAUGAUCACUAACCCAGUUUAGUUUAACUACCCUUACUGCACCCAAUGAAACACAUCUGGGGAGGCAGGAGAAGAUGUGGUAUAAAGGGAGAAAAAUCCACGAGGUCCUCCAGGAACCGUGCUAAGCCAAUCAUAUUUGCCUCUGAAGUGCUGUAGCACUGAUAAGCACUACAAAGCCAUACAUCAAUUUUAUUCACAUAUUCCACCCAUGCCAUUGGGAAGGGACUCUUAUGUCUCUAGGAGUACAGAUCCUAAAUUAUUAAAUCAAACAGCUUUUUAUCUUGGUUAAGUUUCUGGAAUCCUGACUGCUUUCCCAGCCAGUACUCUGCACUGCUCAAAGGCACCGGCCAGAGAUGCAAGCCAAGAAGCCAAAAGAGCAAUUUAUUAACUGGUAUUCUGGAUGCCAAGAGACUGGUGUUAUAUGAAAGAGAAGAAAUUAUGUUCCCUGG